CGCUCCAUUCUGAUAACGAGCUUACCUUGGGUUUAUAUAGGUCCAUCAUACAUGUUUCACUCUCACAACACGACGGACCGCUAUUAGAAUUUUCUUCCGAGAAAAUUCAAAAAGCUUGUGCUUGUCAUGCAUGCCUCUGGUCUUCUGAUUCUGAAGCCAUAAGAAAGAGAAAAGAAGAUUUGUCAAUCAUCAGAGUUGUAUAUCUCAUAAGAAAUUCAGGACAGGGUAGAGGCCAAGAUUAUAAUUGAAACCUGUGGGUGAUGGAUAGCUCAGGUUCUUGUUCAAGUGGUGUUAAAUCAGAGCCUCAGGUUCCUCCGAAGAAGCCUCGGGUUGUACUUGCUGCUUGUGGAUGUACUGCUGCUGUAAAAUUUGGACUUCUUUGUCGUUGUUUUUUAGAAUGGGCAGAAGUAAGAUGUAUUGUCACACAAUCAUCGUUGUUUUUUAUUGAUAGAGCAACGUUUCCCAAUGAUGCAAAUGCUUAUCACGAUGAACAUGAGUGGUAUAUUUGGAGAGGAAUGGACGUUGAGCUUCUUGAAUGGGCUGAUAUAUUGGUCAUUGCUCCGUUGUCGGCGAAUACCCUUGCCAAGAUUGCGGGGGGCUUAUGUGACGAUCUACUGACAAGUACUGUGCGAGCAUGGAACCCCAUGAAAAAGCUAGUUUUUGCUGCACCAUCGAUGAGCCCUUUUACGUGGAAAAAUCCUUUAACAAAAGAGCAAUGCUUGUGCAUUGUUAAUCUUGGCAUUACUAUCAUUCAACCCGUUAAACGGAGGUCAGGUGCAGAGGAAUAUGAGACUGGUGCAAUGGCUGAACCUUCUGACAUUUCUCGCUAUGUGAGGAUCUCAUAUGAGAACUUUCUGCAAAGCAAUGUCGGUAGUUCUGAUUCUAGAAGUGAUUUUCCAUGUAAAAACUGAAGCUACCAGUUGUACCUUUAGCAUCAUAGACGCUAGUUUGUGACUGGACCCGCGUAAUAGGCGUAUGUCCAAACACAGCUAGCCAUGUCGACAAUUAUGGAUCCUUUUUGUUUCUUUUUCUAUUGAUUGGUCCUUUCUGAUCUUUUGUUAUAUUGGGAUCAUAGUUGCAGUGACCUUAGAGUGGAAGGUCUGUGUUUGUUGCUUGUGCACUUAGUUGUAGUUGUAGAUGUGUACCUCUUGAUAUAGGCACAAAGGAUUGUUUUCCAUGUAGCAUCAUUAGGUACAAAAAUUAGUAAACAUGAAGUUGGC